UUUGUGGGUGCUCGGUAAUGGCUGUUGUGUGUGCAGGGAUGUGUUUUACUUUUGUGAAACACUUGCGUCAUUUCAAAUUAAAUUGGAGUUGUGUUUCAGUACCUUGGACAGCCAUCAGUGGUUAUCGAGCAGUGAUUGUUUUCACAACUAAUUGUAGUGACUUGGCCAAGUGGGCAUGUUCCGCCCUUCUUGUUGUCUACAGUGCUUUCCUUUUAAUCCCGUGUGCCGUUUCGUGAAUUUGUUUCUAACAUAAAGUGGAAUGGGCAGCGAUCAGUUGAGUACAGACACGCUCGGGUAAUCAGAGCUGCGUGUGGAGCCGAGGGGAGCGUCACCCGGGCUCUCAGAGCUGCUGAUAUCUUCCGUUCAACAGCACCCUGGCGCUUUGAGGAAAGCACAUCCUUCCGAAAUUUGCGAUGCUUUUGUUCCGAGAAGGUGGACCGGGGCAUUGUUCAUUGUCAUUCUCUGCGCGGGUGCUCGGGUCUGCUGGGGGACCCUGAGUUCUGGAUGUUCCCGGAAGGUCUGCUGUUGCCAAGCGGAGAGUGACUGUGUUGUCGAUGAUGCUUUUCUGACAAAGGGACGAUCCGAGAGAGGCAGAGUGGUUGUUAAGAGGAGCAUAUACCGAACGGAUCGCAACGGCUCUUUCAAUCGGGCAAAGCAACCACAUCACAUCAAACAUGCCUGUGCGAAGAGGGCAUGUUGCGCCGCAAAAUACCUUUCUGGGGACCAUUAUACGGAAAUUCGAGGGCCAAAACAGAAAAUUCAUCAUUGCCAAUGCAAGAGUACAGAAUUGUGCAAUUAUCUACUGCAAUGAUGGUUUUUGUGAGAUGACUGGCUUCUCGAGGCCGGAUGUUAUGCAGAAGCCUUGUACCUGUGAUUUCCUGCAUGGUCCAGAAAGCAAGCGACAUGCAAUUGCCCAGAUUGCCCAAGCCUUGCUUGGCUCAGAAGAGAGGAAAGUGGACGUCAUAUUCUAUCGCAAGGAUGGAUCAACAUUUUUGUGCAACACUCAUAUAAUUCCAGUGAAAAAUGAAGAAGGUGUGGUCAUAAUGUUCAUCAUAAACUUUGAAUUUGUGGAUGAGGAGAAAUGCUUACAGUCUCCAGACAGCUUAAAUCACAUGUCGCCAACCAAAGACUCACAUGGCAACCCUAUCUCCAGUGACUCUUUUGCAGGCCGAGGAAGAUUUUUCAGACUAAAGCUGCCUGCAAUAAGACUUCUUGCAUCCAGCAAACAAUCACUUCCCCAAGAGGACCCUGAUGUGGUUGUGGUGGAACCUUCUCAAGUAAGCGAUGAUUCUUUGGCCAUGAAAGACUUGAAAUCCCCCACAAGUGAAAGCUGUGGCCCUUCAGAAUUUGAAGAAACAAAAGCAUUGACAGAACCAGGUAGCUCUCCUCCAUUUGUAAAUUUGCCAGGACCACUGGAUCAUUCUUCACCAAAGCGACACUGGGAUGGAUUGAAUCCAGAUACGUUGCAGUCUACCUCUGGUCUAACAUACAGUCAGUCAAGAGAAAGUGUGUGCAGUAUGAGGAGAGCUUCUUCAGUUCAUGAUAUUGAAGGAUACCAUGUAAACUCUAGGAUUAUAUUUAGGGAUCGACAUGCAAGCGAAGACAACGGACGACAUAUUAAAGGCCCUUUUAAUCAUAUCAAGUCAAGCCUAUUGGGUUCCACAUCAGAUUCUAAUCUCAACAAAUAUAACACAAUUAGCAAGAUUCCUCAAAUCACCCUGAACUUUUCUGAUAUAAAAGCUGAAAAGAAGAGUUCAUCCCCACCUUCAUCAGAGAAGACCAUCAUUGCACCUAAAGUGAAGGAAAGAACGCACAACGUGACAGAAAAAGUAACACAGGUUCUAUCCCUGGGAGCUGACGUUUUACCAGAGUACAAGCUUCAAACUCCUCGCAUCCACAAGCUCACCAUCCUACACUAUAGUCCUUUCAAGGCUGUGUGGGACUGGCUAAUUCUGCUACUAGUAAUUUAUACAGCAAUCUUCACUCCCUAUUCUGCAGCCUUUUUACUUAAUGACAGGGAGGAGCAAAAGAGAAGAGAGUGUGGAUACUCCUGCAGCCCAUUGAAUGUUGUAGAUUUAAUAGUGGAUAUUAUGUUCAUUAUUGAUAUUCUAAUAAACUUCAGAACAACAUAUGUAAAUCAAAAUGAAGAAGUGGUUAGUCAUCCAGCAAAAAUUGCAAUUCACUACUUCAAAGGCUGGUUCCUCAUUGACAUGGUUGCUGCUAUACCUUUUGACCUGCUGAUUUUUGGAUCUGGGUCAGAUGAAACAACAACACUGAUUGGUCUUCUGAAGACAGCUCGCCUGCUGCGUCUGGUGAGGGUUGCCCGUAAAUUAGAUCGAUACUCUGAAUAUGGGGCUGCAGUUCUGAUGCUGCUCAUGUGCAUAUUUGCCUUGAUUGCACACUGGCUGGCUUGCAUUUGGUACGCCAUUGGGAAUGUGGAGCGACCGUACCUGGUACACAAAAUUGGUUGGUUGGAUUCUUUAGGACAGCAAAUAGAAAAACGAUAUAAUAUCAGCGAUGCUAGCUCUGGACCAUCCAUCAAGGACAAAUAUGUGACAGCACUCUACUUCACUUUCAGCAGUUUGACAAGUGUUGGUUUUGGGAAUGUGUCCCCUAACACUAACUCGGAGAAGAUCUUUUCCAUCUGCGUCAUGUUGAUUGGCUCACUAAUGUAUGCCAGUAUCUUUGGUAACGUCUCAGCAAUUAUCCAGAGACUAUAUUCUGGAACAGCAAGAUAUCACAUGCAAAUGCUUCGAGUCAAGGAAUUCAUACGCUUUCAUCAAAUUCCAAAUCCUCUCCGUCAGAGGCUGGAGGAAUACUUCCAACAUGCCUGGACAUAUACAAACGGCAUAGAUAUGAACAUGGUCCUCAAGGGAUUUCCUGAAUGUCUACAGGCAGACAUAUGUCUCCAUCUCAACCAGGCAUUACUUCAGAACUGCAAGGCAUUCAAAGGUGCCAGCAAGGGCUGCCUACGAGCUCUGGCUAUGAAGUUUAAAACCACACAUGCUCCACCCGGUGACACAUUGGUUCACAGUGGGGAUAUUCUCACUGCACUCUACUUCAUCUCUAGGGGUUCCAUAGAAAUCCUAAAGGAAAAUAUUGUAGUAGCAAUUCUUGGGAAAAAUGACAUCUUUGGUGAAAUGAUCCAUCUUUAUGCAAGACCUGGGAAAUCUAAUGCUGAUGUACGAGCGUUGACGUACUGUGAUUUGCACAAGAUCCAGAGGGAAGACCUUUUAGAAGUUUUGGAUAUGUAUCCAGAAUUUUCCGACUACUUCUUAACAAAUCUGGAACUCACAUUCAAUCUACGAGAUGAAGGUUCAAAGGCAGACAUGCUGCUCAGAGCAGAAACAAGUGAUGAUUCAGAUGAGGAGAUUCCCAGACCUCGAAGAAGAAAGCUUUCCUUCAAAAAGCAAAUAAAUGAAGAUGAUGAUGAAAAUGAUUAUGAGUUCCACGAAGCAACUCAAGAUAUCUCACAAGGAGAACAGCAAAAUUAUUGUAAAAAAAGAGAUUCGGAAGAAAAGCACAGUGGACCAUCAUCAUCCUUUUCUACCUCUGUUGAUGAGGAGAAGAAACCAUUAUGUUCUGGAAUAUUGGACUUUCCUUCAGAGAUACAAGAGAGCUGCAGGCUGGGGUUUGCACAAGGAUCAGAAAUACAAAGCAGGAAAGCUGAAAGAAGAAUUAAGGUGUCAGAUGCUAAUGAGAGAAAGUCAGCAGAAUACCCUGAUAUGUCAACGCAGUCAGCCUCCUCUCAUGCAGCCCGUGGUGUCUCAGAGUCUGGAAGCGAUAUAACAUAUGGAGAAGUGGAGCACAGACUAGAUUUACUUCAGGAACACCUCAGCAGGCUGGAAACACAACUGUCUACUGACAUUCACACCGUCUUACAGUUACUGCAACGACAAUCCAUGUCAGGACCACCUGCAUACAGUAUGGUAACAGCCACAAGGGACUAUCAAAGAUCAUCUGCAAGGAUGGCACAGACUGUCCAACCAGUAGCAUCUGUAAGGUCAGAACACAGCUUUCCAACAACACCACAGAGUCCAGAAUUUCCAGAUUUUGAAAAAUCCAAACUGAAAUCCAAAGAGUCUUUGUCAAGUGGGGUUCAUCUCAACACAAUAUCAGAAGAUAAUUUUGCCACAUUUUUGGACCACGAACAAGAACAAAAUUCACAGUCUCAACAGCAGCAGUCACCAUCCUUUCUGUGUCCAGUGCGGCACCCUUCCUUACCGGACUCCUCGCUAAGUACCAUGGGACUGCUGGGCCUUCAUAGGCAUCUGUCAGAUCCUGGUCUUCCAGGCAAAUAGCCAACUAAUAUUCUGCAUUUCUGUAGGUUUGCUGCUUUGAGUGGCUGUUUUCCUAUUUAUGAAUAGCAUCCUCCAUGUAUGACUCAGGGGUCUACAAUGAUACUGUCAUAUGCAAAAGCACUGUAGAUUCAUAUCAGCUCUGAGCUCACAAUGUUAAAGUUCCUCUUUGAUGAUGAUCUGAAAGCUUCAAUAAGAAUACAUUUACAAUGUCGCACUGCCAGUAAUCUAAGGCACCUUAAGUGAUAACAAGCCUGAAAUGCAUGCCAUUACAUUGGUUUCUGUGUUGCAUGAAUUUAGUUUGAACUCAAACUAGAGAUUUCAUGGGGUGGGGUGGGGGGGAGACAGAAUGAUGUCUGUUAAUGUAAGUUUAACAGGCAAAGGCUGCAGUUCUGGUCUGAACUAGAUAUUAUUACUUGAAAUAACAGCUACUGUAAGCACACUGAGCUCAUAGCUCUUUCAAAUCUGUGGGAACUGUACAUUUUGUGCUUAAAAUAGCAUCUGACCAUUCCACUAAACUCAAUUAGUUCAUCUUAUUUCUUUGUUUUCCGACAUUGCUAUUCUAUGAAAGAAUGGGAAAAUAUAAUUGAAUCUUCAUAGUGAAGAAAAAUACAAUUCAAGUUGCAUUAUAGGAGUCUAGUAUAGUAGUGGCCUGAAAGACAGGCAUACAAGUAUGGAAUUCAACUGUCAUUUGUUUUUGAGCAAGACUUGACAUAUUUACUUUUAAAAUCAAGUUAUUGAAGGUCCAUAAAUCUAAAGUGCAAUAAAUAUUUUCGUAUAUCUGAUGCUUGGCUCACAUGGUAACAUAUGUUUGCUUAAGGUUUUAUUUUCUGAAUACUCACAAACAAACUAAUGCUAAAUCAUGAAGAUAGGCAGCUCAGCAGAUAGUUAGUUUAGUCGGUUAUAAAUUUACAUAGUUACACAGCACAGAAACGGACCCUUUAGUCCAACCCAUCCACGCUGACCAGAUAUCCAAAACUGAUCUAGUCC